CAGCCACCCCUUGGAGUCCACUGAGUGCACACUGACACACAAAGGAGGAGCAGGGUGAGAGACCGAAUCCAGGAGGAAAAAGAGGACAGACGCAGGACGACAAACGGCAAGAGACAGUUUGAGUUUUUUUUUUUUUUUUUUGACGGGCAUUGAAGGGCCUACAAUGAAGAAAUUGUAAGCGCAGAGUCAAUGAGCAGUGGAACUUGACUGACAGGACAACAAACUUACCACUUGUUUGGCACUGAGGGCUGUUGUUUGAAGACUGAUCUCUGGAUACAACUUUCAAAGGAAAGCAAGUCGGAGAAGACCUUACUUUACCCUGAACUGUUGAUACACUGGACAACUUGGUGAGUGAAGGGAGCAAGCGAAAGAAAACACCAAGACCUUGAAGGACAUACGUUAAAGUUUUGAGUAAGACAUAAAUCAUAUUUUUAUUCUUUGAAAAAAUACAAUAUUUUUAAAAACACUAUAAAUGGACGAAUACCAGUGAUAUAAAAUGGACAGAAAUUAAACUCUACAUGAAUACUUUACAGCCUUGUGCAGUAAAAGUCAGACAAUCAAAUAUAUAUUUUAUUCCUAACACCUAAAUAAAUAUAUUUUAUUAUCAUAAGCUACUGCACAAGCUUCUAUACAACUGUGUAUAUAUGUAACCUGAUCUUAAGCACGCUGCUGUAAUUACAAAGCAAGCUCCGAAAAGAAAUUACAGACAUUUGUAAUUAAGGACCAUCUAUAAAAGGAAACCAAGGAAAGGGUGAGGUCUGUGUGAAAGAGAAGAGUAGGCCGCAAGGACACCAACCCAGAACAGGACGUUAAGAAUCUCACCAAGAAAAACAACUGCUUCAACGCACACCAUGGAUGCUCAUGGAGGACACUACCUCAACAAAGAAGCUGUGCUGUCACCUUUAGGUGCAGCCCGAAUGUGCCAGCUACUACUUGGUUGCACCAUAAUGGCACUUGUGUCGCACAGCGCAGGCUACAGUGCCAGCUACGGAACCUUCUGCAUGUUUGUGUGGUGCUUCUGCUUUGCUGUAACACUGGUUGUGUUCACCUUGGACAUUACACGGCUCCACGCAUGUAUGCCAAUAUCCUGGGACAACUUCACUGUGGCCUUUGCCAUGCUGGCAACACUCAUGUACAUCACUGCCUCUGUGGUCUACCCUGUUUACUUCCUUCAAGAAGAGUGUCCCGAUGAAGACUGCGAUGUUCAAAUGUACCGCAUCGCUGUCACCGUCUGCUCCAGCGUCUGCUGCUUCCCUUACGGAGUGGAAGUGUUCCUGACGCGAGCCAAACCAGGAGCGGUGGUGGGCUACAUGGCCACCGUGUCUGGUCUGCUUAAAGUGGUCCAGGGUUUUGUGGCUUGCAUCAUAUUUGGGGCCCUGGCUAAUGACAGUGAGUACAACCAGUACAUUGCCACCCAGUACUGCGUAGUGGUGUACAGCCUGUGCUUCUCUGUGACUGUGAUAGUGGUGGUAUUGACAGUCUCCGGUAGGACGUCUGCCCUGCGGUUCCCAUUUGACCGGUUUGUGAUUGUCUACACCUUCUUUGCUGUGAUCCUCUACCUCAGUACUGCACUGAUCUGGCCCAUCUUCAGCUUUGAUAAAAAAUAUGGCACCACUACUCGUCCUGAGGACUGCCCACGGGGAGAAUGUCCCUGGGAUAGUAAGGUGGUGGUGGCAGUGUUCACCAAUGUCAAUCUAGUAUUAUAUUUUGUUGAUCUAGUUUACUCCCAGAGGAUUCGCUUUGUCUCCAGCUCUGCAGUGUGAAAAACUUUCUCCUUUUAACCUCAGACAGUUUUGGGUCACAUCCAACAUGCUCGCAUACUCCGGUUUGUGUGAAGGAUUUAUUUUCUUGGAUGCAUAAUUUCAUGUGUGUGUAAAAAAAUUGUUAUCAUCUGUAUUUAUCUAGUACUUGGCCUCUGUGCUCGGCAUAAGUGUACAGUGUGUGCUACAAACUUUCUCAAGUUCUGCAGUGACCUACCAUGGAGGCCUGCCAGGUGCAGUGAUUCGCUAAACUCAGCAACUUUGUUCACAGAAGACGCAAGGCAAUCUGUCCAUCUCAGCAACAAAUGCAUCCCUCCUGCCCUCGUUGCUUUGGUGGUCUCAUACAACACAGACCUAUGGGAGCGUGUGACAUGUCGAGGAUUAGAACAGUGUUAUGUCAGACAGACUGAAUCAAUCUUACAAAGAUGAAGCAAUUUAUAGAAUUAUAUUUAAACAAACAGGAUAAAAAUAUAUCUCACAGAGAUGUAUAUUUUGUGUUAAGUCUACAGUAUGCACUGAACAUAGAUUCUGGUUUUGGCUUUUGAGUCGUUUUGCUGUAAUUUUACCAAUUUGUAUUAUAUUCUUCAUAUACUGUAUGUUCAGCUUUAGUAGGCUUUUCCUGUUACUGAAGUUUAAAUGUAUCAAAUACAUGAUUUUUUUUUUUUUUUACAAGCAAAUGUGCAACAGUAGUAUUAAAUUGAUUAUUUUGUUGUUACACUUAAUGUUAUGCACAAACAUGAGUGUAACAUUCUUGUAAUGUUAUUGAUCAAUGUCCAAUAAAAUGCCAGUGUACGUUUGGUAUUUCUAUACCCA